AUGAAGCACAUCGCCGCUUACCUCCUCCUCCAGAACGGUGGCAACGCCUCCCCCUCUGCCGCCGACGUCAAGUCUCUCCUCGAGACCGUCGGCAUUGAGGCCGACGCUGCCCAGCUCGACAAGCUCAUCUCCGAGCUUGAGGGCAAGGACGUCAACGAGCUUAUCGCCGAGGGCUCCGCCAAGCUCGCUUCCGUCCCCUCGGGCGGUGCCGGUGGUGCCGCCCCCGCUGCUGGCGGUGCCGCUGCCGCCGGCGGCGACGCCCCCGCCGCUGAGGAGAAGAAGGAGGAGGCCAAGGAGGAGUCUGACGACGACAUGGGCUUCGGUCUCUUCGACUAA